GAAAGAGAGAUACCUGGAGUCCAAAUGGUGAAGUCUUUUUUGCGUGUGUGUACGUCUCCGCUACAGAGCUGACCAAGGCAUACGACGACUGGGAUGUACUACUUUGGCUGCAGUGUAGACUCUGUAUCUCACCUGGACAACAUAAGCAGAAACACAUACAGUACAUUCAUUCAUUUUUGAGCUUCUCACUUCCUCUUACACCUUUUCUGAGAGUAUUGUGAGCUCACAGGCAGGAGUCCUGCUCUUUUGCCUGGUGGACAGCCAGUAGUAGGUGAGCCGGCGAUGUCGUGGGACUGUGGCCUGAGGUACAUGUUCUCUGUGCCACCUGUGCUGCAGCAGGGCAGCAUGUGUAUCCUGCAUGACAAGGAGGACCUGUCCAGACUGGAGAUGGUCCAGAAACUGGCCAAGGAUGGCUGCCGCUUCCUGCAGACCCACAGCAAGGGCCCAGAGAGGACAAGUGAGCCCCAGAGUGACGAGGCAGCCCGCGUGUGUCUGAGGGAGAGGGGCCACGAUGUGCUGGUUCUCCAGAGAAUAUCGUCAGAGCAGCCAGCCCUUUCUGCAUCUGCGAGGGGAGGAGGGAGAGAGGAGGCUAGGAACAGGAGGUACGUGGUGGUAUCAGGGACCCCAGAGAAGAUCCUGGAGCACUUGCUGAAUGACCUGACACUAGAUGACGACCAGGGGACAACACAGGGCAAAGAGUCAGAUACACUUCUGGAUGAUUUUCUGCUGACCUACCCAGUGUUCAUGUCAACCAGUGAUUUAUGUCAAGCUCUGCUGGGACACUAUUGCGCCAAGCGAUACAAAGGGAAAGAGGACAGGAAAGAGGCACUGGAAAGGAAACGAAAAGUCCUGCACCUGGUGUCACAGUGGAUGGCCCUGUGCAAAGACUUCCUGAGGGAAGACGAGCAUGUCAAACUAUUUAUGAAGACUUUGUACCGUUACGUAUUGGAUGAUCUCUAUGAGCACCCAGCCCUGGAGACGGAUGUGAGGGAACUGCAGACACUGUACCAGCUGCAUCGCAGACAUACGGUGGAUGAAUAUUCCCCUCAAAGAAAGAGCAAAGCACUGAAAGAGAACGGGCUCCAGUCCAGAGGCACACAGAGGGAGACCAAGGAAGUGCUGUGUCACGUGUAUAUUACCAUGGACUCGUACCUGAGUAUGAGGACCCAUACUGGGGUAGUGGCCCAGGAGCUGCUGCAGGCCGUGGCAGAAAGGAUGGAUGUCCCACUGAGGGAACUGGUGCUAGUGGCCGUCACUUACCCUGGAGGGAGGCUUCUUCUGCAGCAUCUGGACAGAGUUUUCUCUGAUUCUGUACGGCCGGUGGGGAGGCUGCAUGUGUGCAGGAAGGACCUGGGUGAAGUCCUGAACCCAUUUACAGACAACUCAGAGCUGCAACAGAGGACAGCUCGCAUGCUCAGUUUAAACACAUGGGACGUGGCCGUUGCUCUCACCAACUUUGACUGGACCAUCUUUGACUCAAUACACGAGCAAGAACUCGUCUAUUUCACCUUCAGCCGCCACAGUAGCAGUAGCCACACUGUGGCGUUGGAGCUGCUGCUGCAGCGCUUCAAUGAAGUCCAGCUGUGGGUGAUGACAGAGGUGCUGCUGUGCCCAACGCUCUGCAAAAGGGUCCAACUCAUCAAGAAGUUCAUCAAGAUUGCUGCCCACUGUAAAGCACAGAGGAACCUCAACUGUUUCUUUGCCAUUAUAAUGGGCCUGAACACUGCAGCUGUUAGCCGGCUCAGUCAGACAUGGGAGAAAAUUCCUGGGAAAUUCAAAAAGCUGUUUUCAGAGCUGGAGACAAUUACAGAUCCCUCGCUGAACCACAAGGCCUACAGGGACUCCUUCAAGAAGAUGAAGGCGCCAAAGAUCCCCUUCCCUCCUCUGCUACUGAAAGAUAUUACGUUCAUUCAUGAAGGCAACAAGACGUUUCAUGAUAACCUGGUCAAUUUUGAAAAGCUGCACAUGAUAGCAGACACAGUGCGUCUCAUCCGGCAGUGUCAGAAAGAUCACAUGGGUAAUGGCAUCACGCAGAAAAGCAGCUCAGAAGUGCGAGCCUACAUUGAUUACCUGCAUAUCAUCGACAAUCAGCAGACUCUGUUUGAACUGUCACACAGGCUGGAGCCUCGUGCUUAGAGAGCAGCUCUAACUUACUUCCCACUGUGUCAGCCAGACUGUGGGAUUGCCAAGGAACAAUCUAUCUCUGUCUCACCUAUCUCUCAGGACUCAGUCGGCAAUCAGAGGACGCUGCAUGGUCCUGGCCGACCACAGGAGGGAGCCGCCCAAUCAGGAAACUCUCACCAGAGACGGGGAAUAAGCAGAAAAAAACAUAAAGGUGCACUAUGAGUUCCUGCAUGGUUUCAGCGCAAUUUCAUUUUUGUCUUA